AUGAAGAAGAUCCAUGUGAGCACGGUCAAUCCCAAUUACAACGGAGGGGAGCCCAAGAGGUCUCGCACUGCCUACACCAGACAGCAGCCUGAGGUCCUGGAGCUGGAGAAGGAGUUCCCCUUCAACCGCUACCUGACCAGAAGGCGACGCAUCGAGAUCGCGCACACACUCUGCCUUUCCGAGCGCCAGGUCAAGAUCUGGUUCCAGAAUAGGCGCAUGAAGUGGAAGAAAGACCAUAAACUGCCUAACACAAAGAUGCGCUCCUCAAACCAGUCCACACUGAGCCA